CUCUGGAGCGGGAGGCGCCCCACCUUCGGCUCCGUAUUGGGAAGCGGGGGCGGCGGGAGGGGUAGGAGACGUUGGCCCCGCUCGCCGUUCCGCAGCUGUCGCAGUCGCCGCAGCGUCGGGACCGGGACCAGCGAAGCCCGCGCCCGCAGGAGCUGUGUGUGCUCUCGGUGCGCGGCGCCCAGAGCAGCGCCGAGACCCGCUUCAGCACCGUGGACAGCGCCAGCUGCUCGGAGGGAAGCGCGGGGAACCCACACGCGCCCAGGACGGCCCCCGCCGGCCGAAGGCUCGGGUGUCCCCUUCCUUCUCGCAGACGUCCCGGGUCUAAGGCUCCCGGGGAAGACGUGGCGACCCUAGCCCGCGGGAUCGGGCGCGCGCAGGACGGCCGGGGCGUCCCGCUGGGGAUGUGCCGAGAGCCCCGCGUUCGCACUGCCCAGAGCCAGGGCGCUGCCCGGAGCCCAUGAGCACCAUGCGCCUGCUGACUCUCGCCCUGCUUUUCUCCUGCUCCUUCGCCCGAGCCGCUUGCGACCCCAAGAUUGUUAACAUCGGAGCGGUACUGAGCACGCGGAAGCACGAGCAGAUGUUCCGCGAGGCUGUGAAUCAGGCCAACAAGCGGCAUGGCUCCUGGAAGAUCCAGCUCAACGCCACCUCCGUCACCCACAAGCCCAACGCCAUCCAGAUGGCCUUGUCCGUGUGCGAAGACCUCAUCUCCAGCCAGGUCUACGCCAUCCUAGUUAGCCACCCACCUACCCCCAACGACCACUUCACUCCCACCCCCGUCUCCUACACAGCCGGCUUCUACCGCAUCCCUGUCCUGGGGCUGACCACCCGCAUGUCCAUCUACUCAGACAAGAGCAUCCACCUGAGCUUCCUGCGCACCGUCCCACCCUACUCCCACCAGUCGAGCGUCUGGUUCGAGAUGAUGCGCGUCUACAGCUGGAACCACAUCAUCCUCCUGGUCAGCGACGACCACGAGGGCCGGGCGGCGCAGAAGCGCCUGGAGACGCUGCUGGAGGAGCGCGAGUCCAAGAGUAAAAAAAGGAACUAUGAAAACCUCGACCAACUGUCCUAUGACAACAAGCGCGGACCCAAGGCUGAGAAGGUGCUGCAAUUCGACCCGGGGACCAAGAACGUGACGGCCCUACUGAUGGAGGCACGGGAGCUGGAGGCCCGGGUCAUCAUCCUCUCUGCCAGCGAGGACGACGCUGCCACCGUGUACCGCGCAGCCGCGAUGCUGAACAUGACGGGCUCGGGGUACGUGUGGCUGGUGGGGGAGCGCGAGAUCUCAGGGAAUGCCCUGCGCUACGCCCCGGACGGCAUCAUCGGGCUGCAGCUCAUCAACGGCAAGAACGAGUCAGCUCACAUCAGCGACGCCGUGGGCGUGGUGGCCCAGGCGGUGCACGAGCUUCUGGAGAAGGAGAACAUCACCGACCCGCCACGGGGCUGCGUGGGCAACACCAACAUCUGGAAGACAGGGCCGCUCUUCAAGAGAGUACUGAUGUCCUCCAAGUACGCGGAAGGAGUGACUGGCCGCGUGGAGUUCAAUGAGGACGGGGACCGCAAGUUCGCCAACUACAGCAUCAUGAACCUGCAGAACCGCAAGCUGGUGCAAGUCGGCGUCUACAACGGCACCCACGUCAUCCCCAAUGACAGGAAGAUCAUCUGGCCUGGUGGAGAGACAGAGAAGCCCCGAGGCUACCAGAUGUCCACCAGACUGAAGAUUGUGACGAUCCACCAGGAGCCCUUCGUGUAUGUCAAGCCGACGCUGAGCGACGGCACGUGCAAGGAGGAGUUCACGGUCAAUGGGGACCCCGUCAAGAAGGUCAUCUGCACGGGGCCCAACGACACGUCGCCAGGCAGUCCACGCCACACAGUGCCUCAGUGCUGUUACGGCUUCUGCAUCGACCUACUCAUCAAGCUGGCGCGGACCAUGAACUUCACUUAUGAGGUGCACCUGGUGGCCGAUGGCAAGUUCGGCACGCAGGAGCGGGUGAACAACAGCAAUAAGAAGGAGUGGAACGGGAUGAUGGGCGAGCUGCUCAGCGGGCAGGCGGACAUGAUCGUGGCGCCGCUCACCAUCAACAACGAGCGCGCGCAGUACAUCGAGUUCUCCAAGCCCUUCAAGUACCAGGGCCUGACCAUCCUGGUCAAGAAGGAGAUCCCCCGGAGCACGCUGGACUCGUUCAUGCAGCCCUUCCAGAGCACGCUGUGGCUGUUGGUCGGGCUGUCAGUGCACGUGGUGGCCGUGAUGCUCUACCUCUUGGACCGCUUCAGCCCCUUCGGCCGGUUCAAAGUGAACAGCGAGGAGGAAGAGGAGGACGCGCUGACCCUGUCUUCCGCCAUGUGGUUCUCCUGGGGCGUCCUGCUCAACUCUGGCAUCGGGGAAGGCGCCCCCCGGAGCUUCUCCGCGCGCAUCCUAGGUAUGGUGUGGGCUGGGUUCGCCAUGAUCAUCGUGGCCUCCUACACUGCCAACCUGGCGGCCUUCCUGGUGCUGGACCGGCCGGAAGAGCGCAUCACAGGCAUCAACGACCCACGACUGAGGAAUCCCUCUGACAAGUUCAUCUACGCAACGGUGAAGCAGAGCUCGGUGGACAUCUACUUCCGGCGGCAGGUGGAGCUGAGCACCAUGUACCGGCACAUGGAGAAACACAACUACGAGAGCGCGGCCGAGGCCAUCCAGGCCGUGCGGGACAACAAGCUGCAUGCCUUCAUCUGGGACUCCGCGGUGCUGGAGUUUGAGGCCUCGCAGAAGUGUGACCUGGUGACCACGGGUGAGCUGUUCUUCCGCUCCGGCUUUGGCAUCGGCAUGCGCAAGGACAGCCCCUGGAAGCAGAAUGUCUCCCUGUCCAUCCUCAAGUCGCACGAGAACGGCUUCAUGGAAGACCUGGACAAGACGUGGGUACGGUACCAGGAGUGUGAUUCGCGCAGCAACGCCCCUGCUACCCUGACCUUUGAGAACAUGGCAGGGGUCUUCAUGUUGGUGGCUGGGGGCAUCGUGGCCGGGAUCUUCCUGAUCUUUAUCGAGAUCGCCUACAAGAGGCACAAGGACGCUCGCCGGAAGCAGAUGCAGCUGGCCUUCGCAGCGGUGAACGUGUGGAGGAAGAACCUGCAGGAUAGAAAGAGUGGUAGAGCAGAGCCCGACCCUAAAAAGAAAGCCACAUUUAGGGCUAUCACCUCCACCCUGGCUUCCAGCUUCAAGAGACGUAGGUCCUCCAAAGACACGCAGUACCAUCCCACUGAUAUCACGGGCCCGCUCAACCUCUCAGAUCCCUCGGUCAGCACCGUGGUGUAAGGCCCCCGGAGGCGCCCACCUGCCCAGUUAGCCCGGCCAAGGACACUGAUGGGUCCUGCAGCUCGGGAAGGCCCGAGGGAAGCCCACCCGCCAGAGACUGCCCACCCUGGGCCUCCCGUCCCUACAUCUGCCCUGCUGCUGGCCGGCAGCCCCUACUGGACUGAGGCACGGACCAGAGCGGCUGAGGACGGGCCAGAGCUGAGCGGGCUGGGCAGGGCCGCAGGGCACUCCGGCAGAGUCAGGGCCCUGGGGUCUCUGAGCAGUGGGGAGACGGGCUGACUUGGCCCCAGGCGGAGGGGCUUGGAGCAGAGACUGAAGCCCCAUCCUUCCCCCAGCCACCACCAGAGCCACAGUGGGGGCCCUUGGCCACCCCCUCCCACAGCACCCGCACCUCACCGCCUUGCUCCACCUCUCCUCUUCUUGCUCACGCCCCUCCUCCGCCUGACCCCAUCCUCCGAGCUUGCCCUGCCUUUUCCCUUCUGCAGACCCUGACCCUCCCCCACAGCUGGCAGCCGCCUCCCAGGGGGUGCUCCGGCUCCCCAUUGCCUCCCACCUUCUCUGGACUCUGCAAGGGCUGAGCCUUCUCUUUGCCUACUCUGGCCUGCAGCCCAGGAUGGGCUUCCCCAGACGCUGGCUCAGGACUGUCCUCAGCCCUGCGCCCCACCUUGUACAGGCCCAGCCCCUCCCGUGUCCCGGCGCGUGCCUUCCCCCAGCAGCCUGUGUGCAGCCGCGGGCCACCUCUCUGCCCCAGGGGCCGGGCGCGCACCGCCCACCCCCGCCCCGAUCC